CUCGGACAUGCAGCGGGAUUUUCAAUUGGAAACUGUGAUAUCUUAUGUCCUUGCCUAGAUAAUCGCAUUUUAUAAGGAAAUUGUAAAAGAACCAGGAAUGCAGUCCAGUUCUGACAUAGAGUAUGCAAGCAGGAAGCUUGCUAACUUAAGUGUCAGCCAGGCUAGCCCCUUAGAAGAUGUAUCUAAAAAAGAUAAAGAAAGGACAGCGUCAAUUUAUUCUUCAUCAUCUUCUUGCUAUGACCAGCCAUCAACAAGCACGUCUGUAAAGACAUCUGGUUCAGAGUCAGAGCAUGAACAGGAAGACAAGAUUAGAUUCAAUAAGUUGGUCAAGAAAGCUAAAUAUCUUGCUCAAGAUGGACAAAUUACAAAGGCUUUGGAGCUCAACAAGCGAGCUCUUGCCAUACAUUACCAUGAAAAAUUGGCACGUAGGAUAGCCAAAAUGGAGGAAUACCUCAGAAACUAUGGUGAAGAUGAAAAGCAAGAAACUGAUGAUAACAUGGUUGAAGUGGGGUCUGGAUUCUACCUGUACAAGGAUCUCCAUGCCAAGUUAUACCAACAUCAGAAGGAAGGUGUCCUAUGGCUUUGGGAUUUGCACACAAAAAACAAGGGGGGAAUUCUUGGUGACGAUAUGGGACUUGGCAAGACCAUCCAGGUCAUCGCUUUCCUAUCAGGGCUUUUUGACAUGGGAAAGUUACAACAUGCUCUGAUUGUUGUUCCUGUCAGCGUCAUUGUCAUCUGGGAGAAGGAGUUUAGCAAAUGGGCUCCAGGCAUUUCUGUACAUGCUUUCCAUGGAAAUAGCAAGCGUGAGCGAGAGCGUGCUCUUGAGCGAGUUCGCUGCCGUGAUGGUGUUCUGCUGACAACUUAUGGCAUGGUGGUGACUAGCUGGGAACAGCUUGGUUCUAAAGAUGGCAGAGACUUCUUCUGGGAUUAUGUUAUACUUGAUGAAGGGCACAAGAUAAAGAACCCCACCAAAACAACAAAAGGUAUCAAUGCUGUUGGGGCCAAACAUCGCAUCAUCUUGACAGGAACCCCAAUCCAAAACAACCUCAAGGAGUUAUGGACACUUUUUGAUUAUGUCCAUCAAGGAUCUCUCCUGGGCACACUGAGAACUUUCAAAAUGGAGUUUGAGAACCCUAUCAUAAGAGCCAGAGAGCGUGAUGCCACAGGAGGUGAGAAAAGACUUGGCAUGGAGAUGGCCAAUAUCCUCAAAAAAAUAAUUAACCCUUUUUUCCUUCGCCGGACAAAAGCCCAAAUCAGUCAAAAGGAGAUGGAUGGUGAAAGAAACAAAAAUGAAACCAGCAAGAAAUCAUUAAGAAUGCCAACAAUGAAGUGCAAAAAUGAUUUUGUAAUCUGGCUUUUCCUGUCUGACACCCAAAUAAAGAUUUACCAGGAUUUCUUAGAACUUGAGAGUGUUAAAGAGUUGCUGAUGACCUCUAAGUCCCCUCUGGUAGCUCUCACUGUUCUCAAGAAAAUUUGUGACCACCCACGCCUCCUUUCCCUCCGUGCUUGCCACCAGCUGGGUCUCCAUGGAUACAGAAUGAAUGAAGAGGAACUAGAGCUGCCAUCAUCCCUGGAGAGUGCAGUAACCAAAAUUGAAGAACUUUCUGAUGCCAUUCUAGUUGAAGAGUCUGGUAAAAUGGGGGUCCUGAUCACACUGCUGGAUCAGCUGAAGAAUGAUGGUCAUCGCAGCCUAGUUUUUUCUCAGUCUAGAAAGAUCCUGGAUAUCAUCCAGAAGGUGCUGAGAAAAAGGGGUCACAAAGUCAUGCGGUUGGAUGGCACUAUAACACAUGUAUCAGAGAGACACAGUCGCGUCCAAAAGUUUCAAGAAGAUGAAUCAUACUCUGUGUUCCUCCUUACCACUCAGGUUGGAGGUGUUGGUCUGACGCUUACUGGUGCUGACAGGGUCAUCAUUUAUGAUCCUAGCUGGAACCCAGCAACUGAUGCACAGGCUGUGGACCGUGUCUUUCGCAUUGGCCAGAUGCGAAAUGUUGUGGUUUACCGCCUCAUUACAUGUGGCACAGUAGAAGAAAAGAUCUAUCGUCGUCAGAUUUUCAAGGAUUCUAUCACACGACAGACAACUGGCAAUGCACAAAACCCAUACAGGUACUUCACCAAGCAGGAGUUGCGGGAGUUGUUCCAGCUGGGAGACACACAUAGCUCCAGUACACAACAGCAGCUGGAGGAGAUGCACGGCAUGGACCGGCGACGUGACCCUGAACUGGAUGAGCACAUUGCAUUUCUCUAUUCUCUGAAUAUUUUUGGCAUUAGCGACCAUGACCUUAUGUUCUCCCAUGAGUUGGAUCAUGAAGAGGAGUUUGAGGAUGGAGUCAUGCCUACCAUGGACCCACGCAAUCAAGAGUACAUCCAGCACAGGGCCCAAAAGGCUCAAGAAAUCAUUCAACGCGAGUCCAGCAUCCCAGGCACAAUGGAGCAGCGAAUGGCUACAUUUUCCAAUAAUUCUGCUUCAAGAUAUCAUGGGAUCUCAAACGUCCCAAUGGCAUCUCAGUCUGACCUCCAUACAGUCAACAGUCAUCUAUCAGCUUCCUCUAAUCUUCAUGUUUUCAUUCCAAAACCAACUGACACCCAUCGCUCCAUGACCAACAGACUGCCUGAUAAACAAAAGCCAGAGCCAGUGAAGACAGGCAUUGUCAUCAAAACAGAAUCUUCACAGCCCCAAAAUCCACUCAAGUCAAGGGCUGUAAAACACAGUUCUCUCCCUGAGAACGGUAGUUUAAAAGAUAUUAGUGAUGACGUGGUGGAGGUGAAAGUUGCUGCUGUGGUUCCUGAAGUCAUAGACCUGACUGAAGAGGAAGAAAGUGAAGGGUCAUGCCAAACUGAGUCAAAACAGCUAGAUAAGCCUAAACCUGAAAGAAUCCAAGAACCGGCAGUGGAUGCCCAAGAUCUUGGGUCUGUCAUGCAAAACUUAAGCUCAGAAGAUAACCUCCUUGUCAACUACAACCACUCUUAUGCUAGUCCUUCACCGCCAGCACAACAUCACCAGCCACCUACUGCUGCCAAAAGGCUCAUGACACCUAGAAGAAAUUGUCAGCGCAUUGUGGAGGAGGAACUCAUCAUCUCGCCAACUGCUUACACCCCGCUGAUGGAGACAAGAAAGAAACGCCAACGCAGCCUGCCUGAGGGCAGCUCACCUGCUGCUGCUCUGAGCCGAACCCUGGCAUUCUCCUCUCAAGAGGAUGCAAUCACUGAUGCCAAAGAAGCACCUCUGGUUUUGGAAUCUCCUGAAUCAAAAAUAUCCUCAUGCUCUGGAAACAGCAGCAGGGGGAGCUCUUGCCAUAAAUCUGAGGGAGAAGGAGCAGACUCCCAGGAUGAGCUUCACUCAUUUUUGGACAAGGAAGACAGGAGCUGCAUAGAAGAAAGCUUUGUAACAGAAGAAGAGGCAGACAAAAACCCAGGCAUUCAUUCUAACGCACAACUGCUGAGUACUGUAACAGGUACACCUAUUCAUCCUGAUGGUGACCUGUCUCCUGAUGUAGGUGUGAGAAGCCACCGAAGACGCAGCGUAUGUCGCCGUAUAGCCAGAAUUGAGAGCUCUGAGGAGGAAGAAGAGGAGGAGGAAAACAAAGAGAACAUUCACCCAGCAUAUAGCAGUUUGGUGCAGAAGCUAGGAAAUGAUAGUAAUGAUGAUGGUGAUGACGGUGACAAUAGUAAAGAUAAUGAAGAGGAAGGAGAUGAUCUGUUGGAAGAAGACAGUGAGAGUGAAGGAGAAGAGGGAGUGGCGGAGACAGAGGCUGAAGAGGUCAAGGAAGUAAUAGAAGGAUCUGUUGAGGUGUUUGAUGAAAGUAUAGUGGAAUCUGACAAUGACCAAGAUGAGAAAGGGGAAUCGGAAGAUGAAAGUGGUGAUGAGUCGGUAGAUGUUGAGCGACUACAAAUGCUACUUCAGAAAGGAAAGUUCCUGUACAAACAGAAACGCUAUGGCGAAGCCAUCCAAUACGUGAAGGAAGCCUUGGACGUGGUAGAUGAUCCACAUUUGCAAGCACUAUCUGAGAAGAUCCAGAGCAAGAUUGAUGCUGGCUUGUAAUCUGAAGCCUACUUUGGAUUUCUGGAGAGAAAUCUCAUCAAUUUCUGACACAAUGCUAUUCGCCUUUUAGUUUGGGAACAUUUGCUGUUUUUUCCGCAUUCGGAAAAGUGAAUAUUUCAAAUUUCUUAUUACUCUUAGCUGUUUGUGAUUACUGGACUGCGUUUUGGCCGUGCCUUCUCUCAGUGUAGUUUUUUUAGAAAAGAAAAAUACACUCUUGCUAAGCACAAACUCACUUUUGCAUUGUCUUGUGGUGGUGUUGGUCAUAAUCAAUUUCAGGGAUUUUUUUACGGAAUCUGAAGCUCUUUUUUUUUUUAUAUAUAUAUAUUGUGUAGUAAUGGAGAAAACUUGUAAUAGAUAAGACGACUGGCUCAACCUAACCUAAAAUCAGAAGCUGAAUGUAAUUAUUUAGAUUUUCCUUAUAAAAGGAUGCAACCAUUUUACUAGCUUACUGGUUUCAGUGUUUUUGAGAAUAUCUCUUGAGUAUCAGAAUAAGCAUCGGGCAAUAAUAAUGUGACAAAGAAAUGACUUGAUGUUUGUGUGUGUUGAGGGAAGGGGGGUCUAGUGACCCUAGAUGUGAUUUGAUCAUAGCAGUAGAAAAUCGUAAUAGAGGUGUAUGUAACAUAUUUACAAUUUUAUUUUCCUUAUAUCCAAAUCUAAGACCAAAGACAACAUUGCACAUAGUUUUAUUUUGUUUUAAACGUGUGGGUGUUUUUCACUAUAUACUGCUGUUAAUUGAGAGAGAACAGCAAAUUGUUUAAAGACUUUAAAGGUUGGGAUCACAUUCCAGCUUUUGAACGGGCGGCCCUGUGACAGCGGUUAGCUCCUGUCACCAACACAGUAAGGGUCAGCUGUCCUGCCUUCAGCUCUUGUCAUCUGUUUACGAGGCUGGCUGCCUUGCUGUGAUAUAAUCAUACUUGCUGGCUCGGCGUAAAAUACCGAUUCCCCUCACCUCACCUCUUCCAGCUUUUGACCAAAUAUAAAAGUUUGCUAUAUGUUGUUGAACGAGCAUACAAAAAUAAAACGCUCUCUACUUA